AUGGGUAGAAGGAACUCCACCAGUGUGGCCGACUUCAUCCUCAUGGAGAUGACAGAUUCUACAGAGACACAGCUGGUCCUGUCCGUGCUCUUCCUCCUGAUUUACCUGAUCACCGUGCUGGGGAAUGCGGGGAUGAUAUUGAUCAUCCGCCUGGAUCCCCAGCUCCACACCCCCAUGUACUUUUUCCUCACUCACCUGUCAUUUCUCGACCUCAGCUACUCAAAUGUCGUCACCCCUAAAACCUUACAGAACUUACUGACUUCCACCAGGAGCAUCUCCUUCCUGGGCUGCUUCACCCAGUUGUUCUUUUUUAUCCUUUUGGCCAGCACUGAAUGCUUUAUUCUCUCCUCCAUGGCUUAUGAUCGCUACGUAGCUAUCUGCAACCCUCUGCGCUAUGAAGUCAUUAUGUCCACAAGACUGUGCUAUGCCCUGCUCUCUGGUUCCUAUGCUAUUGGCUUUGUAGAUUCCACUGCAAAUGUGCUUUCUAUAAGCAGAUUGAACUUCUGCAAGUCUAAUGUCAUCCAGCACUUCUUCUGUGACACAUCCCCAAUUUUAGUUCUGUCCUGCAGUGACACAUUUGAGGUAGAACUCGUUAUAUUCAUUUGUGCUGGCUUCACUGUAGUAAUGUCCCUGUUCACCAUAUCUGGAUCCUAUGUGUCCAUCCUCUCCACUAUCAUGAAAAUAAACUCUACUGCUGGAAAGAAAAAAGCCUUCUCCACCUGUGCCUCCCAUCUGCUGGGUGUCACCAUCUUCUACAGCACUAUCAUCUUUACUUACCUAAAACCGAAGACGUCCUACUCAUUGGGAAGGGAUCAGGUGGCUUCUGUGUUUUACACAAUUGUGAUCCCCAUGCUGAACCCUCUCAUCUACAGUCUCAGAAACAAAGAGGUGAAAAGUGCUGCUGUUAGAAUCACGCAGAAGCGAGAGGGCUGCAGGCAAUUAAUAUCACAGUGGUGCUAA